ACACCAGGACGGCUGAUGCAAGAGUGGUCUGCCGGGUGCCAGCGUGAGCCCUGCGUAACCGAGUGCCGCCGUGUGCCUUGUGUCCUGCGUCGCCACGAGAGUUGCUUCAUAUUUGUGACUCCAGGAGCAUAGUGAGCCAUGGCGCAGCAGCUGGCCAGCCUCUUCACGCGGGUGGGGCAGCUCGGGUUCGGCGUGGCGGUGGUGGGCGGCGUGCUCAACUCCGCCCUCUACAAUGUGGAUGCCGGUCACCGAGCCGUCAUUUUCGACAGAUUCGUGGGCGUGAAGCAGGUAGUGAUUGGCGAGGGAACACACUUCUUCAUUCCGUGGGUCCAGAAGCCGAUCUUAUUUGAUGCCAGGACGCGCCCCAGAAACGUUCCAGUGGUUACCGGCAGCAAAGAUCUACAGACUGUCAACAUCACACUCAGAGUCCUGUUCAGACCCAUCAGUGACUCCCUACCCAGAAUUUACACCACUCUGGGCCCUGAUUAUGAAGACAGAGUUUUGCCUUCCAUCACAAAUGAAGUCUUGAAGGCUGUUGUGGCCAGGUAUGAUGCUGGAGAACUCAUCACUCAGCGAGAAAAGGUUUCGCGCAAUGUCUCGGAGCAACUCACUGAGCGCUCGGCCCAGUUUGGAAUAAUCUUAGAUGACAUUUCCAUUACUCACCUGACCUUUGGCAAAGAGUUCACCCAAGCUGUUGAGUUGAAGCAGGUGGCUCAGCAGGAGGCAGAGAGGGCAAAGUUCCUGGUCGAAAAGGCUGAACAAGAGAAGAAAGCUGCCGUCAUCAGUGCGGACGGUGACGCCUCUGCCGCCACACUGAUGGCCAAGGCGUUUGGUGAUGCUGGUGAGGGUCUGGUGGAGCUGAGGAGGAUUGAGGCAUCAGAGGACAUUGCCUACAGGUUGGCAAAGAACCGCAAUGUGGUUUAUCUCCCUAAUAAUCAGAGUACCCUCCUGUCCUUGCCUCAGUAAGACACCUUCCGGACUCCAGAGAUAGGUAUUGAUGGAACUGGUGACUGGCCGGCCUGUGUGAAGGACUUGUCAUGGAGAAAGACCACCAUAUAGUUUUUUGUUCGUGUAGUUUUAUGAGAAGGUUCAGAAAGCAGAACCACUCAUGAAAAUGUCACAUCGUUCUGACCAUUAUAGUUAGAUGACAUCCUUGAAAGUCUUGUGUUGUAAAGGCUUUAAUCCAGUUUACAUAUAGAUGCUUUGCUUGCCAUUAUAUUCUUCAGUAAUUUUUAAUGUAUUGUAAAUAGUUGACUUGUUAAUUAAAUUGCUAUAUACUUACAUCAGGAAGUGAGCAAGACAACAGAUAAUGUUUCAUGUAUAAAGGAAGCUUAUAAAUGUAUUGCAGUUAUGGGUUUUGUAAAGAAAAUUGGACUUGAA